AACAAGCCAGUAGUUUCAGUUCACACAGAAACCGCCGCCGCCGAGUCCAUCUGAUAGCUGGAGCCUCCGAUAUUCUUCUGACAAAGCAGACCGAAACCAAGCUGUAGUCAAUUAUAUGUAGUUUCCUGUGGAUGAUAAUAACAAAAUGAUCAUCGGUGAUGUACUUUCAAUAUCUACAAAAUCUGGGGGUUGAUAUCUGUAAUCCUUUGGACAUCAUCCCUGUAUUGUCUUUUUGACCGGAAGCAUUUGAUGAUGGAUUGGAACCCUCCCACACCUUGGAAUUAGUUCGAAUUACCGGUCCAAGUACCGACCUCACCUCCUCCGCGCCUGGAACAGGUGGAAACGUGUCAUUUUUCCACUCACCACCCACCUGGAAGUGGCAUGGGUAACCAGGUUGAGAAACUGACACAUCUGAGUUAUGACAAUGUUCCGACCGCAGAUCCGAACGGGUUUGACACGGAGGAUGAGCUGGGUCCCCGGAUCGGAGUGUCCUAUAUCUUCUCCGCCGACGACGACGAACAAGAGGAACGUAUUGACGGACCGGACAAGGACCAGAACGAGGAAGAGAAGCGAUACGAUAACUGCAACGAGCUGGAGUGUGUUGUGUACUACCGUGACGAAUCUGUGUACGAGAAAAAUCUCAAACUCUCUGAUAUGAGCACGUAUUCGACAGAGGAUCUUUUGAACAAGUGCAAACCGGGGGAUUUGGUGGAGUUCGUGGCUACGGGCCAGUACCCUCACUGGGCUGUGUACGUGGGGGACUUUCAGGUCGUUCACCUGCACCGGGCUGAAAUAAAGAAUAAUUCGCUGACCGAUGCCAGUCAAGGAAAGAGAGGCAGGAUAGUAAACGGGCUGUAUAAAUUCCGCGCGCUGCCUCCGGAGGUGGUGGUGCAGAACGCGACGCAGCAAGUAGGAGCGCGAGACAGAGAGCUGCACUGGAGGAACUCUGAGUGCUUUGCUGCGUGGUGCAGGUUCGGGAAGAGGGAAUUCAAAAUAGGAGGAGAGAUCCGUAUCGGAAAGCAGCCCUACAGGUUGAAAAUGCUGUUUUCUGAAAAGAAGAGCCACGUCCUUGAAUUUCAGAGUUUUGACGACUUGAUCAUGGAGAAGAGGAGAAACGAUCAGAUAGGCAGAGUUGCGGUGACGCAAGAGCUAGCUAACCAUCUCAACUCAACUGAUGCUGAAAUUAAGGACGACUAUCAUCACAGUGUAAACUGAAAGACCCAAGAGAAACUGAGCUGAUGGCCAUGUCCAGUGGAGGACUUGGGCAGCAUUCAGCUUUAGGAUACAGAAGCCUAUUUGACUAGAACACUGUUGGCAAUCCUAUUUUUGGCGCAAUGCCAUGCGCAUUUAUGCAUACCAAAACAUUUAUAUUGGUUUGAGAUGAAGUAGCUACUCAACCAAUAAAGUGCAUUAAUUUCCCAACAGGUUAUAUCUGAGAUAAGACUAACACCUUGAAAUCCCAAACAUUCCCAUCUAUACUGAACAAAAAUAUAAACGCAACAAUUUCAAAGAUUUUACUAAGUUACAGUUCAUAUAAGGAAAACGGU